UGUAUGUAUUGAUAUCAUCAGGUGCAUUUUCAGCAGAUUCUCACCCAAUCGUUUUUUGGGUUGCUUUGUUUUUGUUCAUUUAAGAUUUUAUUUAUUUUUACAACUUUUAUUAAUUAAUCCAUUUCUGCUGCUAAUCCACUGGCAUGAUGAGUCUAUGUGAUCCGUCAACAGAUCAAUUGAAGGAUUUGGAAGAACAAGAAAGUAACAGGGAGGAGGAGUGGAAAGUGUAAGAAUGUUUGAUGAGGAAUCCAAUUCGUGUGAUGAUGCAAGACAUUUUGCAGCCAUUGGUAAAAAAGGAAAAGAAAACAGCGAUCCUGAUUUAGAAUAUAAAUUUAAAAAGUCAAAAAAGAAGAGUAGCAAGGAGGAGUUGCUGGAAUCGCAGAUGCAAUGCUACAAACGACUGAGCGACCUGCUUGAGAAAAGUAAAUGUUACUCCAUGAUGUUGUUGAACAGGAUUGAUGAUAUCAACUUGUCUGCUGUCUUGGAUCUGAAGAAUGAAGCUAUAAAAAAAAAUUUAGAGGCUGAAAAGUUGAAAAAUAACAAAAGUUCUUCCUCAGUGAAAAAACGGGGGCGACCGAGAAAAAGAAAAAAUGAUGAAGUUGAUCAGUUGGUACCCGAAUGUAAAUUGGCCCGACAAAGUUCUGGAAGGUUGGACUCAAGAGUUGGUGACAGUCAAAAAGAUGAGGAGCUUCCCUCUUCUUCAUCAUCUUCAAUGCAACCAUCGUCACAAGAUGAUUUUUGCAAUUCCACCAUGAAUAAUUCAUCUGAGGCUGAUGAUAAAAAGUUGGAUGCUCUUAAUGAUGAAAAAAAAUCACAAAAUACUGUUAUCAAUUCCAAUAGCAGUAGUAGCAUUGGAGGUGUGAAGAUUUCUGAUGAUGCUAUGGAGAAGGUGCAUACUGAUGAAAACACUUACAAACAACCUGUUCUGGUGUCUGGUGGAACACUCAGGAAGUAUCAAUUGGAUGGAGUUUCUUGGCUCAUGAAACUGUACAUCAAUGGGGUCAAUGGAAUCUUGGCUGAUGAGAUGGGACUUGGCAAAACAAUCCAGUGCAUUUCACUGAUAGCAGAUCUCAUUUGCAUAGAUAUUCCGGGACCAUUCCUUAUUUGUGGACCUCUUUCAACACUUUAUAACUGGGCCAAUGAGUUUAAGACUUUUGCACCUGAGGUCCCAUACUUACUAUACUACGGCAACAAGACUGAACGAAUGAACUUGAUACCAAAAAUUCAUAAACCCGUCCAUGUGCCGAGUCAAAAUGUUUACGUCAAACCGGUGGUGAUAACGUCUUACGAGGUGGUCAUGAAGGACCAGAGGUUCCUCAGCAAACUACCGUGGCAACUGCUGAUCAUCGAUGAAGGACAUCGCAUUAAGAAUUCAAAGUGCAAACUCAUCAAAGAAUUGAAUGCUUACACGUCACCUCACCGCCUGCUGCUCACUGGCACACCACUCCAAAACAAUCUCUCUGAAUUGUGGACGCUACUCAACUUUCUCAUACCUGAAAUAUUCAAUCAUGCUGGAAGUUUUGAGACAUGGUUUGAUGUAAACUUUCUUGAGAAUGUCGACAACGCUGAUGAACAAAUCGUCCAAGAGGAACAGAAAUCAAACACGCUUUCAAAAAUUCAUCAGAUUUUGACUCCAUUCAUGCUUCGAAGAUUGAAGACCGACGUGGACAUUGUGAUUCCGCCCAAGAAGGAACUGCUGGUGGUCGCUCCAUUUGCCGAAAAGCAAAAAAAUAUCUACAAAUCUAUUGUCAACCGAACCAUUGCUCAACUCAAUGAAUAUAAUAAUGAUCCAUAUGAAGCAUUGGCAGACGAAGUUUCAUUGGCAGACGACUGCGAAACACUGAUGAAAAGUAGGUCUCUGCGAGCAUCGACUCGUCGGAAAUCUGCAAACUAUAAGUUGGCAUUCGCAGACGACAAUGAUGAGAUGCAGGACGAAGAUUCUAAAAGUGGCAGUGCGAAAGGUGACGAUGAUUACGAGGUUGAUGAUGAUGGCUUGUCGGCAUGGGUGGAUGCGGUCAUAAAGAGCAGGCAGGAGUCUGAAUCGUUGAGGAGCGUCGUCAACAAGAAUGAUAAGAACAGCGUUUUCAAGGAACAGCCAUUGAAACUUUGUAACAUACUGAGUCUGUUGAGAAGAUGUUGCAACCAUCCUUACCUUAUCAAGGACCCAAGACUUGAGGAUGAUAGUGGCAAGCUGCUGACCACUGAGGACAUUGUCGAAUGUUCUGGCAAGUUGAAAUUGGCUGAUCGAAUGCUAAAGAAACUGAAACAGAAGGGACACAGAGUGUUGAUUUUCAGCCAGAGUACGCAGCUGAUGAACUUAUUGGAAGACUAUUGCUCGUUUCGUAAAUACAAGUACUGCAGAUUGGAUGGCGCCAUGAAAAUUAAUGACAGACAGGACGAGAUUCAGAGGUUCAAUGAUGAGGACAUAUUCAUAUUCAUGCUGAGCACAAGAGCCGGCGGCCUUGGAAUCAACCUCACCAGGGCGGACACCGUCAUCAUUUAUGACAGUGACUGGAAUCCUCAAUGUGAUUUGCAAGCCCAGGAUAGAUGUCACCGGAUUGGACAAAUAAAUCCGGUUGUGGUGUACAGGCUGGUGGCUGCAAAUUCCAUCGACCAACUGAUUGUCGAGAGAGCCAAUGCCAAGAGGAAGAUGGAGAAGAUGAUCAUUCACAAAGGAAAGUUCAAGUCAUCAUGGGAUGAAGGCCUUGCAGACACGAGCAACACAGGCAGCUCUUAUAAAUUUGUAGAUUUGAAUGAACUUGUAAAGAUUUUGAAAGAAACUGAUUAUGACGAUGUGAUAAGAGAUGACACGGAGAUGUCGGAUGAAAAGUUGGACUCGCUGUUGGACAGAAGUGAUCUCAUUCAGGUCUGGAAUGAUAGGAAAUCUGGAGUUAUCAUGUCCACAUCAGAUAGCAACGUUGCGAGUAAUUGCACCGGUUUGGAAAAGUAAAAUAAGAAUUUCUAGUUUUUAUUUAGCGCUUAAUCACUUACUUAUUUAAAUUUUGUGUUUUUUAAUCUACUAUGAUAUUUGUAAUAUUUAAAAUGACCGAUGUCGUAAUUUGAUAUUUGUCAACUUGCCUUAAUGUAUGUUAGUGUAAUGUGUAUUCUUUUGGGAAGAUAUUACUUUUAUCUAACAUACGUCAAUCUUACAUUUUUAAUAAUUAUUAAAACAAUUAUAAUUGUUUAUUCUCUCAUUCAAAUGUGCCUGAUCUAUAAACAUUUACAGAAGAUAAAAAAAACCCAUUAGGUGAUUUCUACUUGUGUGUACUCUUAACGACAACUCUAUUUUAUUACAAUUAAACGUCGAUUUCUCUUCUUUUUUUAAAAUGAUUUAUGCUAGGUUAAAGGUUACACUCAUUUCUGCAUUCUUUUGGUUUUUUAUUCAGUUAUGUUAGAAAAAAAUUGUACACGUUUUUCUUUACUUCAAUGGUCUGAUGUAAAAAUUACGUU